AACAAGGGAAGCAAAACCAAAAAGCAAAUUCAAAGCAGAUGUUGUUUCUUGUUCCAAACACAACAUUCGAUCCAUGACAACUUCCAACCCAUCACUUCACUUCUUAUUUUUCUUCUCAUUAUUAUUUUCUAACUCUCUUUUCCUACGCAAAGCUCUUGCUGAUGGCGUUACUUCUCUCGAAGCUAAACAACUCAGAGACGAGGUGCGUGAAAUGUUCUAUCAUGCUUUUAAUGGAUAUAUGAAUCAUGCUUUUCCACGGGAUGAAUUAAGACCUUUAUCAUGUGAAGGAGAAGAUACGCUGGGUGGUUAUGCCUUAACUCUGAUUGACUCCUUAGACACACUGGCUUUACUUGGUGACCGAGAACGCUUCGCUUCUUCUGUUGAAUGGAUUGGUAAAAAUCUUCGGUUUGAUAUAAAUAAAACAGUAUCUGUGUUUGAGACUUCCAUUCGGGUUCUUGGAGGUUUACUUUCUGCGCAUCUUAUUGCAAGUGAUUAUGCUACGGGCAUGAAAAUUCCUUCCUAUGACAAUCAAUUGCUCAGUUUAGCUGAGGAUUUAGCCCGGAGAUUGUUACCUGUGUUUGACACUCCUACAGGAAUUCCAUUUGGAUCUGUCAAUCUUUUGCAUGGAGUUGAUGAACAUGAAAGCAAGAUAACCUCAACAGCUGGUGGUGGGACAUUGACUUUGGAAUUUGGUGUGCUUAGCCGUUUGACAAAUAAUCCUAUCUAUGAGCAAGUCACCAAGAAUGCAGUGCUGGGACUUUGGUCUCGCCGUUCAAAGCUUAAUCUAGUUGGUGCUCAUAUUAAUGUGUUUACAGGUGAAUGGACACAGAAGGAUGCUGGAAUUGGAACUAGUAUUGACUCUUUCUAUGAGUAUCUCCUGAAGGCAUAUUUAUUAUUUGGAGAUGAAGAAUAUCUGUACAUCUUUCAAGAAUCAUAUAGGGCUGCUAUGCAUUAUCUUUUCAAUGAUCCUUGGUAUGUGGAAGUUAAUAUGGAUUCUGCUGCUAUAGUCUGGCCUCUAUUCAACAGUUUGCAGGCAUUCUGGCCGGGGCUUCAGGUUUUAGCUGGGGACAUUGAUCCAGCUAUUCGAACACAUGCUGCAUUUUUUAGUGUCUGGAAAAGAUAUGGUUUCACUCCAGAGGGUUUUAAUCUUGCUACACUUACUGUUCAGCAUGGGCAAAAAAGUUACCCACUGCGUCCAGAGUUAAUAGAGAGCACAUAUUGGCUCUACAAAGCUACUAGAGAUCCACGAUAUCUUGAUGCUGGGAGGGACAUGGUUGCUAGCUUGCAAUAUGGAGCAAGAUGUGCUUGUGGAUAUUGUCAUAUAGCAGAUGUGGAGUUCCACAAAAAGGAAGAUCACAUGGAAAGCUUUUUCCUAGCAGAAACGGUCAAAUAUCUGUGGCUUCUUUUUGAUUUGGCUGUGGGCCCAGAUAACCUUGUUGAGAAUGGGCCAUACAAGUACAUUUUCAGCACAGAGGGCCACUUACUGCCUGCAACUCCACAAAUUUCUCUAGCAACGGAGCAUUGUUCUUAUUUUGGGGCUUACUGCAAUACUGGUGAUUCUAAACAGAAAACUGAAUCAUCAGAUGUCUCACGUGAUCAUCAAGAAACUAACGGUAGUAGAUUAUAUGAUGAAUGGGAUCAUUCUGGAUUUCCAUCUGACUCUUCUCUUACACCUGUAUCAGGGUUGAUUAAGGGGCUUUGCCGAGGACUGACUCAUGAACAAAAAUAUGGCAUAAAGUAUCUUGCUUCAGUGGAUACACCUCCAGAGGAUGAAUCUGCAAACCAAAGAGAACAGACUGUGGUCCAGAGUACUUCUGUGGUGGUUAUUUCUGACCAAAGAGCUGAUAAUUCACCAUCCAAAAGCAACAAUGAACAUGAAAGUCAUAAGAAUUGAGUCAUGGAGAACCAGACGGUGAUCCACCUAAAAUGUGGGAAGGCACUUUCAAAUUAAGGUAAUCUUGGCUGGGAUGCAACCUUAAAUCAUAAAGGACUCAGCCUUUUGUGUCUUCCUGUCUUCAACUGAACAACAGUCAAUGACAAUGAACAACAAAUAUAAGUAGGGUCUGACAGUAAUUGGUUGGGCCAUGUAAAUGCAAAUCCUGGAACUGAUCAAUGUUGUCAUACUCCUGACAACAUGUGUUUAGUUAUCAAUCACGGGUGUAAUUGAUUCGGCAAUUGUUGAUAGACUGAGCAUUGAGUUUGAUGGUGGAAAUAUAAAUUGAAGCAGUGGGUAGGUCUGCAUGAUAUACAGGGUGCCGGUUAUGUUACCCUUUGUUGGAGCUGACAAACAGUUAAAUUUAAGGCUGGUUUAAGUUUGCAUAAUUUUAGGUGAAUCUUUUGUAUACUUUCUGUACUGGGUCUUGAUCUUGAAGAUGAAAUUGAGGUGGGCACCCCUCAUCAACAUAGGUUUUUCUUCUCAAAUCUUCCUUGGUAGAGGAUGACAAUCCAUAUUUAAUUCAACAGUGACUGGACAGGAGGUUUGACAUUAUUUAAUGAGUUAUUGAAUUUUUUGAUUGUUUAGUGAGUAUAUAUCAGAAAUGAUAUUAAUAUAUACUUUUCCCUAUUGUUUGAUUGAAGACUGAAAUUCUUUUGU